AUGUCUCUUCCUUCAUCAAACCAAGCGAGGCUAGGGGUGCGCUGGGAAAGAACAUCUCCAGCUCCUUGCCAGGCUACUCGUCCGCUACACGAAGCCAAAUACGAAAAGUUGGAAGUUCCUCAUUGCGCAUCCGUGCUGGUAUUUAAAGCGUGGCAUAACUAUACAUAUACAUUUCUCACAAGUUAUAAAUUUCGAUGCUUCCUUUGCCACGCAGUUGAAUUCACGCAGGAAGUUUCCGCUCGCCUGAUACAAAAGCUGUUGUGA